AUGACCCUUGAGCUCUGCGCUGCUGCUUGCCCCACCACCAUACAGUACGCGGGUGUCGUAGGAACCGAGUGCUACUGCGGAAACGUCGUCGACAGCACCAACGAGGUCAACGUUGCCGAGGCCCAGUGCGACACACCCUGCCCUGGCAACCCCGACCUGCGCUGCGGUCAUGCCGUUACUCCCUCCGGAUCUCGCCUCAAGCGCCAGCUUCUAUCAGUUGAGAUCCGCUUGACCAUCUUCGCCCGUGUUGUUGGCGGCAUCUCCAGCACUAGCUCUGGCGCCUCUGGUACUGCUACCAUCUCCGGCUCCAUCUCCGGUUCUAGCACCGCUGGUGUGAAUGCAAGCACCGUUACCGCCACCUUCACAACCACCGCCGUCACUACUGUUGGAACCGCUGUCGUCAGCGGUGUCCAGACAAUCACGACCACAUACUGCCCGUUGUGCCAGGACUGCAUGGGUCCCUUUUGCUACAAGCCAAGCCCUUGUGUCAGUGGCAUGUGUUUCGGCCAGCCCUGCAUCGAUGGUGACUGCUGGAAGAGGUUCGUCUCUUACGGCGGCUACUGUGGUUAUGACUCCGGUUGCUCUGGUUCUCAAUGCCAGCGUCGUCUUGUCUGCUACGACGGCGUCUGGUUCCCAGACGUCUGUGACGGAUACGACUGCGGACGCAAGGUUGUCUGCACUAACGGCCAGUGCGAGUACGCUACUCCGGGAAGCAAGCAUUAUGAUGAGGUAGUUGUCUGUUACGGAAACAACUGCGAGGUCCAAAAGUGCAGCGGAGACGCCUGCAACCAGAAGUACGUCUGCAAAGAUGGCUCCUGCGGGUUCCAGUCUGGCUCUGCAUCUGAGGCUGGUCAGAAGUACGUCUGGAAUGGCAGCACCGGCAACUACACUCUCGACGAGGGUUGCAAGAGCAAUUGCCCUCAGCCUCUGGCCCCCGUCCCUGUUGGUCCCUCUCCGGGGCCUGGUGGUGCUCCCUCUCAACCUACUGCCGGUGGUGCGGCUCAGCCGGGUCAAUCUGGUGUUCCUCAACCCGGUCAGCCUGGUUCUCCCCAGCCUCCUGCUAGUGGGCUUCCUCAGCCAUCCACCGGCAAUACUCCCGUCGGAGGCGCCCCUGCCGGAGAUGCUCCUGCCGGAGAUGUUCCGGCUGGAGGUGCUCCGGCCGGCGGUGCUCCGGCCGGUGGUCCUAAUGCUCAGCCUCCUUCAGGUGCCGGUGGUGCUUCCCAGCCUCAGUCUUCCCCUGGUGGUUCUCCUCCCGCUGGCGGUGCUCCCCAGCCUUCUUCUGGUGCUGGUGGCGCUUCUCAGCCCCAGUCUCCCUCUGGGGAUGCUGCCCCCGCUGGCGGUGCUCCUCAGUCGCCCUCUGGUGCCGGUGGUGCUUCCCAGCCCCAGCCUUCCGUUGGUGGUGCGCCCCCUGCCGGGGGUGCUCCUCAGUCUCCUCCAUCCGGCGCCGGGGGUGCUUCUCAACCUCAGCCCCCGGCCGGCGGUGCCCCCGCAGGAGUUACGCCCGUCAAUCCUUCUGUGGUAACCACUGCUACGGCUGGCAAGCUUGUUGCUGGCUUUGGUGCCCUUGUUAUGGGUGUGCUUGUUCAUGCCAUCAUCUUUUAA